AUGAAGCCUACCAGAACAGUGUGGAAACAUACCGCUGUGCGCGUCCACGACCUUAUACCCGCCAGACUUCGGAAGCCACUUGCAGCAGCUGGAACCAUUGCCGUGAUGCUCAUCGGCGCAUUUGUUUCAGAAGAAUCAGCGGAUAAUACACGUGCCAAUCGGGCUGUCAGUUUGUUUGGACUCGCCGUCAUGAUCGCCGUCCUGUAUGCCACGUCUCGAAAUAGAAGCAAGAUACCUUGGCACACUGUUAUUGGAGGCAUGCUCACCCAGUUCAUUAUCGCUGUUUUCGUGCUUCGGUCCAAGGCUGGGUAUGACAUCUUUGCCUUCAUUUCAAGUCUGGCUCGCAGCUUGCUUGGCUUCGCGCAACAGGGAACAACCUUCUUGACCGAUGAGACGGUACCCACCUUACCAUGGUUUUUGAUCGGCGUUAUUCCACCAAUCAUUUUCUUCGUCGCCCUUGUCCAACUGCUCUACUACUUUGGUACCCUACAAUGGGCGGUCGGCAAAUUCGCCGUGUUCUUCUUCUGGGCCUUGAAAGUCUCGGGAGCCGAGGCUGUGGUAGCUGCAGCUUCACCGUUCAUUGGUCAAGGAGAAUCUGCAAUGCUGAUCAGGCCAUUUGUACCCCAUCUUACCAUGGCCGAGAUUCAUCAGAUCAUGACCAGUGGGUUUGCGACGAUUGCUGGAUCCGUCUUGGUGGCGUACAUAGGACUCGGUCUAAAUCCACAAGCCCUGGUUUCUAGCUGCGUCAUGUCGAUCCCGGCAUCACUGGCCGUCAGCAAACUCAGAUAUCCGGAAACUGAAGAGACACUCACAGCCGGACGUGUGGUUGUGCCAGAUGAUGAUGAGCAUCGCGCAGCUAAUGCAUUGCAUGCCUUUGCCAACGGUGCCUGGCUUGGGUUAAAGAUUGCAGGAAUGAUUAUUUCAACUUUGCUUUGCAUUAUUGCCCUGGUUGGGCUGAUCAAUGCAGUAUUAACGUGGUGGGGCCGGUUCCUCAAUCUGGAUGGCGAGUACGACCUGACGCUCGAGUUGAUUCUUGGGUACAUAUGUUACCCCAUCGCUUUCCUUCUGGGCGUCUCACGCGAGGGCAACGAUCUUCUCCUGGUCGGUAGACUGAUUGGCGUGAAACUUAUUGUGAACGAAUUCGUUGCAUUCAGAAUGAUGAUGACUGACCCGGCAUAUGCAUCACUCUCCCCACGAUCUGAAAUCAUCGCUACCUACGCCUUGUGCGGUUUCGCAAAUAUUGGAUCACUAGGCACACAAAUCGGCGUGUUGUCCCAGAUAUCUCCAAGCAGAUCUGCCGACGUUUCUCGCGUGGCUGUAUCAGCACUUAUUACAGGAGCUAUAUCUACUUUGUCGAGUGCUAGUAUUGCUGGGUUGUUGGUGCAAAAUGAAGCGAGUGGUCCUCCAAGCGGCUAG